UAGCAUGGAUUGGAAAUUAUUAGAAAAAGUAGUGGGGAAGUGAAAAUCGUUGGAGACUUAUUUUUUAUAAAAUUAUUACAAAUCAUAUUAGAAUGGACAAGAAAAAGUUUGAACAAAUCCCCGGCACCGUACCAAGUACACAAAAUGGACAUCUGCUUAUUUCCUCUGGAAUAAGUUCGUUGGAUUCUCUUUUAGGAGGAGGUUUGCCGGUUGGAACCGUUGCUCUAAUAGAAGAGGAUUUUCACGGGUUGUAUUCAAAAGUGAUAUUAAAGUAUUUUCUAGUAGAAGGGAUAACAUCAAUUCAUUCCGUCUUUGUAGCUAGUCAAGAUGUAAAUCCUGCGAAUAUAAUCAGAGAGUUACCUGCUGUGAUUGAUAGUGAUCCAGAAUCGGAGAAUCCUAAACAUGGGUCCGAUGCAAAUGAUAAAAUGAAAAUAGCAUUCAGAUAUCAAAAUUUGUCAUCACUUACUUAUGAAUCGAAUACUAAACAUAUCUGUCACCAUUAUGACUUAUCAAAAUACAUGUCAUUUAGUGAUAUUGAAAAUUGUGAUGUGUAUUAUUGGUCUGGCCAAAGAAUUAAAAAUGGUACAAACAAUUUUUCAAAUCCGGCUUACAAUGACCUGCUCAAAUCUAUAAAGGAUAAAAUCAAAGAGGGCAAGUUCUUCUUAAAGGACAAUCCUGAGAAAAGGACAAUAUUACGCAUAGGAAUACAUUCCUUAGGAUCUCCGAUGUGGCUACCACACCGGAAAACAAUUCAUUCAAUGGACAGUAGUCGAGACUUAGACAUGUUUAUAUUUUGUUUAAGGGCUCUCGUUAGGUCCGCAUAUGCUGUUGCUUUAGUUACCAUUCCCUCUUAUUUAUAUCAUGAAAUGUCGUUGGAGAGGUGUAUCCAUUCAAGUGAUAUUGCGAUGGAGCUUCAGUCAUUCAGUGGAACUUAUUUGGAGAACAAUCAAAGUCUCUCGAAUUAUCAUGGUUUUUUUAAGUUAAACAAGUUAGCUCCAAUUAAUUCUCUGGCGUCAAGACAUCCAGGGGCCGCAGAAUAUGUAUUCAAACUGAGGCGGAAGAAAUUUAGCAUCGAGUUGUUGCACUUACCUCCUGACAUUCAGGAUGGUCACGAUAAUAAGAGGGCUCUUUCUGAUUUCGGAUGUGGACCUACUGGCAAAAACUCAUUGGACUUUUAGUGAUAUUAGUUAAUUAUUUCGAAUUAUUUAUUGAAAAAAGAUAAUUAUAUUAUUUCAAACACAAUAUGACAAAUAAAUUCUUUUAUCGAUGUGAUUAGUCAGUGUCUGUUGUUCUUUUUAUAUGUA